CGGAGGCAGUCAAAGAGGAAAUUCGCGCACGGUUGAAGUCUCUCCCGUAGUUUGUGCCUGGAUACAAUCGUCGUAGCGCAUUUAAUUUGCAAUAAAGGUGAGGCGAAUAUGGCGACGUUGGGACCAGACCCUCGUCCACAUUCCCAGCUCGCGUCUACCUCUAUACAAAGUAACAUUAGCGGCAAUAACGUGCCAACUAACCGUGGCUUGGAAAGAGCGUUGGAAGAAGGAGCGAACUCCGGUUUUUUUAACCUCAGCGCCAGGAAACUCAAAGAAUUCCCUGGGACAGCAUCUAACUUUGAUUUAUCAGAUACAGUGGAAGCAGACCUGUCAAGGAAUCGUUUGGCAGAGGUCCCCUCGGAGGUGUGUCACCUGGUCGCCUUGGAAUCGCUGAACCUAUAUCACAACUGUAUCAAAACUAUUCCUGACACCAUCAUCAACCUACAGUCACUCACCUCCUUAAACCUCAGUCGGAACCAGCUGUGUGUUCUGCCAGCCUGCCUGUGUGGGUUGCCCCUACGAGUCCUCAAUGCCAGCAACAACAAGCUGGUGUGUAUACCUGAGGCCAUCGGUCAGCUCAGGAGCCUCAUGGAGCUGGAUGUGAGCUGUAAUGAGAUCACUGCUCUGCCCCGUCACAUCGGCCGACUCAAGGCCCUCCGAGAACUCAACGUCCGCAGGAACCUGCUCUGUGUCCUUCCUGAAGACUUGGCGGAGCUUCCCCUGGUGAAAUUGGACUUUUCCUGUAACAAGGUGUCUACCAUCCCAGUGAGCUACAGGAAGAUGGCCCAGCUCCAGAACCUACAGCUGGAGAACAACCCCUUACAGAGCCCCCCUGCACAGAUCUGCAUGAAAGGCAAAGUUCACAUAUUUAAGUACCUGAGCAUCGAGGCAUGUCGAAGUGACAAGAUGCCUGAUUCUCUCUACCUGCCUGUCAUGGAGCGCCUCAGCCUAUCACGACCCGCCACCGGCAGCACGGAGGACAUUGACCAGAAUAAGAAACAGGACACUGACUCAGGAGUUGGCAGCGAUAACGGGGACAAGAGACUGUCUGCCACCGAGCCUUCAGAUGAGGACAGCUUGAGUCUCAAUGUCCCCAUGUCCCACAUCACAGAGGAGGAGGGGCUAAGCAAAGACGACUCCAGCGAACACAUCAGCACUCUAACAGCGGACCCCCACGGGGACGGGGUGCAACUGAUAGAGGAAAGCCCAACAGAGGCCCUGAAAGACCUGAAGGAACAGUUAGGCUACAGAGACUCCUCUUCUGCUCUCAGCAACCGCUUCCGCAGCUACAUCAAGGGACGGACGCCAGACUACGACGAGCCCCUCAGGAUAGAGGAAGACACACACUGGGCCUCUGAACAGACGUCAAAGGUCACAGAAGGAACGCACAUUGCCAUGAUCAACCAGCUGAAGGAGGCUGUAGAGCUACUACAAGACCCUAACAGAGUGAGUAUGGAAACAGAGGACCUAUCUGGAGUUCAGCUUUACCCUGUUGAGAUGGUCAUGGUGGAAGACUCUCUCAAUGGCCAAGACAGUGACGGCAGUGAAGAACAAACCACACCCAAGUGGGACACUCCCGAUGGAGGCUUUGAGUUCCAGAAGAAACGAGAGUUGAUUCUAGAGCGGGCCAGGCUGGAGGCCCAGCUUGCAUACCAACAAUAUGAGACACAUAUGUCCAACCAGGGAGAAGACAGAGUUCCAGGCAGCGGUACCACGUUUACCAAUCCUCCCACCCCUCCCUUCGGGUUGAAGCCCCGCUCAGCCCCUGCCUCACUGCCCUGCUCGCCCCAGCCCUGUUUCCGCCCCCUCCUCACACAGGCCCUGUCCGUCGAUAAAGACACUCCCCCUAGACCAGGCGAUGGAGUCAUGCACACCAGUGUGUUCCUGAGGACCCAUAAGAGUCUGGAGUCUGUGGAUCCUCAGUUCACCAUGAGGAGGAAGAUGGAACAGCUGAGAGAAGAGCUGGAGCUGAUGGAACAACUCAGAGAGAGUAUAGAGAGCAGACUGAAGGUGGCUCUUCCUGAAGACCUGGGCUCCUCCCUCAUGGACGGGGUGGUGCUCUGCCAUCUGGCUAAUCACAUUCGCCCGCGCUCCGUGGCCAGCAUCCAUGUGCCCUCGUCCGCUGUGCCCAAACUCAGCAUGGCCAAGUGUCGGAGGAACGUGGAGAACUUCCUGGAUGCCUGUAGGAAGAUGGGCGUUCCCGAGUCGUCCCUCUGCUCAGCAUAUGACAUCAUCCAGUGUCACCUGCGGCCGAUCCGUGUCACCGUGUGCGCCCUGGUCGCCAUGGAGACCCCCACAGAGGGGAGGAACUCAGACAGACAGGGGGAGGACCCGAGUCCAAACCCAAGCCCUGCCCCAGAGGUGUCUACACAGGUCGCCUUGGUUCCAUCUCCCGCCUGGCAGCCCUGGGACCUGAUUGGCUCGAGCCUAGUACAUGUGUUCUGUCUCCUCCUGCUGUUUGUGGCCUAUAGCUGGAGCGAGCUGACGUAAUGCCACCUGUCAAUCUCCUGUCAAAGCCCCCCCUCCCGCAUGUGCCAACACAUCUCCGUCCGCAAUCCUCCUCCUCUUUUUUCAACCUCGUUUCUGUGCUCUUCUCCUCUGCCCAGAAAAAGCUGCUGACUCACUCACCUAGUGUGUCUCUCUUUUAUUCAUGCACACAUUACAGAUGCACACCAAUAAAUACCAACUCACAACCUCGCACACAUGCAUUUAUAUACUGUCCCCAUCAAUAUUGCACAUUCCAACUGUUGAAAGAAUCCUGGAGCUUGUACACAAGGGGUUUACCGGAAGACUCUUUACAACUCUUUGGCCAAUGUGUCAAAUUAAGCCUAUCAUGUUGGACUCUUGGCUUUAUUAAUGCCCUCUGGGGUCACAGACCGGGUUGUAUGGGGUAUUACACUGUCUCUUGGUUCCAUACAGCCUAUCUAGUUUGGGUCCAGGUAAGCACAGAGCAUUAAUAGGGUUCCUCUAUCAAGCUGGAUCUUGGCGCUUUUUAUUGGUUUCUCUCUUCAAGACACAUCAAAUACAGGUACAAUACUGUCUGCUCAAAGGAAAUAGUAAAGCUCAAUAGUGAUGCCAUCUAUGACACAAAGACACAACAAACAGUGUAUCAGUUUGGACCUAAUAAACACACCACUUAUGACUAGACUGUAAAAUGUCACUACAGAACACUGCCACUAAAUAAGGUUCAAUAAUCACGUCACUACUGUACAUCUUUACCACCCGACCAUCUACAGGUAACUACCAAAAUAAUGGAAACGCUUGAGUAAAUGAUGGAUACAAAAUAUAUUGAAAGCAGAUACUUCCACAGGUGUGGUUCCUGAGUUAAUUAAGCAAUUAACAUCCCAUAGGGUCAUGUAUAAAAAGGCUAGACAGGCCAUUAUUUUGGCUACUAUGGCAAUGUCCCCAUAGGAUGACAGAGCACAAGUGAUCACUGAGUGGUUUGAUGAGCAUGAAAACGAUGUAAACCAUAUGCCAUGGCAAUCUCACUCCCCAGAUCUCAAUCAAAUUUAACACGUAUGGGAGAUUCUGGAGCGGCGCCUGAGACAGCGUUUUCCACCACCAACAACAAAACACCAAAUUAUGACUUUUAUUUGUGGAAGAAUGGUGACGCAGCCCCCCAAUAGAGUUCCAGACAGUUGUGGAAUCUAUGCCAAGGUGCAUUGAAGUUGUUCUGGCUCGUGAUGGCCCAACACCCGAUUAAGACCCUUUAUGUUGGCGUUUCCUUUAUUUUGGAAGUUACCUGUACGUAACUUUCAUAUCGCUAUAGUUGAUUUACCCUGGGGGAGUUACAUGACUACAGUAUGUAGAAGUUUUGGGCCGACUAUUGUAUUAUUGUCGUUGUUCAGACUGUAGACUUAUUUUCUUACUUUAAAAUCUCAUGAAGAACCAUUGGAUGGAAGUUUAUUUUACCCAGCGACUGCAAUUGGUACACCAUUAUACUAUUAGUUCUGUGUGUUUUAACUCAGCCAUUGCUGUGAGGAUUUAUAAUGACUUGUAUAUCUGAUGGUGUGAAUGGAACUGGUAAUAAAUGUAGUUACCACCUCGCCUAUUUUGUGUUGCUGUUCUCUGAAGGAUGAUGCUGUUCAGAUUCUUCAUAAUGGUUAUCCAACAUACUCCUACACACACCUGUACUGUCUAUGUUCCCUCAUCACCAUCGUUGCAUUGAAAGGUCUUGAUUUACUUGUGUUUUGUCUGUCCCACUCAUUCCCGAUCUCCUCCCCCCACUCUGUUUGUCUCUUCUCUGUGGAUCCUCCACAGGAUAAGCUGUGUCUGCCUCAUCACAUACUAGAGGAGAAGGGUAUGAUAAAGGUGAGCAUGACAGUCCAGGCGCUCGUGGAUGAGACUUCAACCAAGCAGGCUCUCUUCACGUGAGAGGGAAGAAGACCAACACACCAACAUAGACACACCACUUUGUCAAAGUGAACCAACACAAGUUGCCAUUAUGCCUUUUCCAAAGGACUGUAGCCUAUAUCUCAGUCUCCCUUUCGUGAUUCUUACAACCAGGGUUUGAAGUUACACAUUGAUGCGUGGGGCACCCUGACAUUCAAAGCUGACAGGGGUGUCCACAUUGAUGGUUUUUAAUUCUUACGAGAGCAUCCAGCAGCCUUGGACACUCCUGUAGCUUGAACCCAACAGCUUCUAGAAUGCUGCACCGUGUGUGACUAUGCAUUUCACCCCUCUAUUCCUAAGGCCAGGUAUAUCACCCUCAGUAUUGAGAAUAAACACCAGACACUCCAGCGUAGCGGUCUCUCUGCUACAGCUUCCCUAUUUCAAGAUAUUUACAAUGAACAUGACUGAGAGUAUACAUUGAAAAGAAUCCCCCAAAUAUUUCACUAAUAGGUAAUAUAUUUUAGGUUUAGUUCUGUAUAUUGUAUUAUGUUUUACUUUUAAAUGGAUCUCUCACCACCUCUGUAGGGGUUGAAGUAUUGUCUUAACAUUAUGGGAACAUUGUGUUUUGGUUGUUGAAUCAGGAGUGGUUGUGGGUAUGUAACUCAGGGUAGGUGUGGGCUUACUACACUGUCAUGCUUCAUUCCGUAGCCUGCUUCUCGGUCUAUGGUAUUACUCUAACAUUGUGUGUGUGCCUGACUGCAUGCGUGCGUGUCAAAGAGAGUGACAGGAGUCAUAGUUAGUCAGAAUGAAAAAUAAGGUUUGCAUUCCCUAGUACAUUGUAUACUGCUAAAUAAACUUGAAGCGUGGGGUGAUGCUGACCAUGCUAGGUGGUCAUGUAGGACCUACAAUAUUAGCGUUUAAAAGUAACUGAUACAUUCACUGAUUUAGAGACUGUUAGCAGUAUCUGAAGAGUUGAUGCUUGAGCACCCAAUAUCCCAAAAAACAGCAGAACACUCCAAAAUAAGAAUACUAAGUGUGUGUGAGUGAGCAAUGGUGUUGGGUUUUGUAUUGUACAGAUAUGCAUUUUAUACAGCUUGGUAUCCAAAGCAUAACCUUUAGCAGUAAAAACAAACAAUGUUUCACUGGAUAGAUUUGACAGUUGCCAAAACUAAACUGUUUUUUCAGAGCACUUAUGAGACAGCAAUUCAUUAAAGCUAGAAUCCUUAAUUGAAACAAUGACAGAGGCCACCCCGACUUUGUUUUGGUAAAAAGCUGAGGGAUGGGUCUGAAUAAAUGUAACCACUCUCAAAUUCAUAGACAGCUAUGAAUGCAAGGUCUGACCAUCCAUGAUAUAAAAAUGAGUUUUAACCAUGUUUUGAGGCUAUACUGUGUUUGUUUACAAACAUUGGGAGUAAAACAAGUUUUUAUUCUGGGUUCCGAUGGGGUACGACAGUUUAACUAAGCUUGUGAGGCAUUUAUGAGUUAUAUUCAAGAAUCAAUCAAAUGGGUAUAAUCAUUCAUUUAUAAGUCCAAAAAUGGAUGUAGCAACUAAUGAUUCCAGCUUUAAUGUUUUUGAAUAUGGUUUGUACUAUUCCAAUGAUCUAAAUGUCUUUAGACGUAUGGUAAAUGUUAUGAAAAGUAGUGACGUGAAGUGUCAAUGUGGUGGUUCGUGCAAGUGGGUUUUGUAUUUAGAAAGUAUUGUAGUAGUAUAUUUCUUACUUUAUGGGGCAACCUGACCAAAUUCACAUAGAAAUGUGAGGUAUAGCUCUGUUAUUCUCAUUGAAAGGUAGAUCUGUUCCAUCUACGCUAUUUCUAUGCAUCCCGUUCUAAUAUCUCUAACACCAGCUUCAAACAGCUGAAAAUACAAUCGUUAUGGAAAAUAUUUCACAGCGGUUUAGAAGGUACAAUGAUUAUCUACGCUAUACUGGCUUGUUUUUUCAAAACUGAAAUUUGAAACCAGGAAAUGGCAAAGCAAUUUCUGCAUAGUGAAUAUUUUAAGUCACCACCAAACUCCUCAGGCAAAGUGAACAUUCUCUUAGCAAUGAGAUCACUCCAGAUCCUGAUUCUGAUGUAGAAUUCAAAGUAAAAAUUACAACACUACUAUUCAUGUAUAUAAUGUAGCUAAUAUUUAAUAAUUUACAAUUACUAUAUAUAUACACACAUAAAAUAUUAUGCACAGUAAUCCUACUUUAAUACUCAAAGUAAUUUCCUUUCCACCAAGCUAAAUAGAAUUACUCAGGUGCGAACAUUUGACUACCAGUAUCUCUUCUCCCAGUUAACAUUUCCUCAUAUUUUGAUGAUAGAAAAUAAUGUAUAAACUAAAAGGGAAAUAUGACAAGGAUAUUUUCUUAUGAGAAAGUGACUGUAGCUUAUCGUUUCCUUAUGGAGGUUUGGGCCGUGUGCUGCAAACCUGGCAGUUUAGAAACCUACAAAUUGUCAAUACUUUUAGUUCAUUGAUUAGUCAAGUCAAUCCCUUGGGCCUUCAGGUGUGUGUGGCUGCCUACAGGCCUGAAAUUAUCUGCACUUUAAAGAGACUGUUUUGGCAACUGACAAAUCUCAGAGCUCCAUUUUAAAUGUGUGUGACAUUUAUUUGAACUACACAAAUGUGCUAAAUGUUUUUACCAGUGUAACUAUUGACUGCUGAGUUGAGCAGUUUUGCCCUUUUCUACCUUUCUCUGUUUAUAGUCCUUAAAGCUUGUACUCGGUUUUGUAUUUUGAUUGGGAGGAAAUGUUUUUUUUAUGUUUAGGUUUCUUAAAAUUGACGUACCAUUUUGUACCUCUUAUCAUAUUGGUGUACAGCAAUUUGGAUUUUAUUGCAUGAAACACCCCUUUAAUGUUGCCUUAACUGCUGUGAAUAAUGUAUAUAUUUCAUCACUAUCAGUAAAGACCUUAUCUGUAAAAAGCA